UGCCCUGGUGGCUGGAGGGGAUCCGCUGCCCGAGAAUGGGAAUUCUUUUCACCAGAAUAUGGAGACUGUUCAAUCACCAGGAGCACAAAGUUAUCAUUGUUGGAUUGGAUAAUGCAGGAAAAACUACCAUCCUUUACCAAUUUUCUAUGAAUGAAGUUGUACAUACAUCCCCUACGAUAGGAAGUAAUGUAGAAGAGAUAGUGAUUAAUAAUACACGUUUCCUAAUGUGGGAUAUUGGUGGCCGAGAAUCUCUUCGUUCUUCCUGGAAUACUUAUUAUACUAACAUAGAGUUUGUAAUAGUAGUUGUGGAUGGUACAGACAGAGAGAGGAUUUCUGUAACUAGAGAAGAACUCUACAAAAUGUUAGCACAUGAGGACCUAAGAAAAGCUGGAUUACUGAUUUUUGCUAAUAAACAAGAUGUUAAAGAAUGCAUGAGUGUAGCAGAAAUCUCCCAGUUUUUGAAGCUAACUUCUAUUAAAGAUCAUCAGUGGCAUAUCCAGGCAUGCUGUGCUCUUACUGGCGAGGGGUUAUGCCAAGGACUUGAAUGGAUGAUGUCGCGACUUAAGAUUAGAUGAUCUCUACUGACCUCCUCUCAUAGACUUUGCAUAAACAAAGUGCUGGACUUUACCUGAAAGCUGCAAAAAUUAAUGGUUUAGAUAUAUUUAUAAUAAACUGAUUUCAGUUUUUUUCUGUAAGAAGAAAAAUUAAGACCACUUAUUUGAAAACAAGAUGAAGUCUCACCUUCCAAUUUGCUUUCUCAUUAGUUCCUUCCAAAGUACUUUAUUAAAGCUGUGAUUGAAAUUUUUCUCAAUGAAUCCUCUCAGGACAAUGUAUAGCCUGUGGUAAGUACAAAGGGAGAGGAAGAUGUUUUGAACUUUAAGAGCUUUAUUAUC